UGCAGCGUCUAUGGGGUGUCUCUGGGUCUUUAUGGGGUGUCUCUGGGUCUCUAUGGGGUCUGUAUGGGCUCUGUGGGUCUCUGUGGGGUGUCUAUGGGUCCCUGUGCAUCUCUAUGGGUCUCUAUGGGUCUCUAUACGGUGUCUGUUGCUCUCUAUGGGGUGUCUAUGGGUCUCUGUGGGGUCUCUGUGGGCGUCUAUGGGGUGUCUAUGGGCUCUAUGGGUGUCUAUGGGGUCUCUGUGGGUCUCUAGGGGGUGUCUAUGGGUCUCUAUGGGGUGUCUUUGGCUCUCUAUGGGGUGUCUGUGGCCUCUAUGGGUCUCUAUGGGGUGUCUGUGGCUCUCUAUGGGGUCUCUAUGGCUCUCUAUGGGGUGUCUAUGGGUCUCUAUGGGGUCCCUGUGGGUCUCUAUGGGGUAUCUAUGGGUCUCUGUGGGUCCCUGUGGCUCUCUAUGGGUCCCUGUGGGUCUCUAUGGGGUCACUAUGGGGUCCCUGUGGCUCUCUAUGGGGCGUCUAUGGGUCUCUGGGUCCCUGUGGGUCUCUAUGGGGUGUCUAUGGGGUCCCUGGGGGUCUCUAUGGGGCAUCUAUGGGUCUCUAUGGGUCCCUGGGGGUCUCUGUGGGGUGUCUCUGGGUCUCUAUGGGGUGUCUAUGGGUCUCUGUGGGUCCCUGUGGCUCUCUGUGGGGUGUCUCUGGGUCUCUAUGGGGUGUCUAUGGGUCUCUGUGGUCCCUGGGGUCUCUAUGGGGUGUCUCUGGGUCUCUAUGGGGUGUCUAUGGGUCUCUAUGGGGUGUCUCUGGGUCUGGGGGUCCCUGGGGGUCUCUAUGGGGUGUCUCUGGGUCUCUAUGGGGUGUCUAUGGGUGUCUCUGGGUCUCUAUGGGGUCUCUAUGGGGUCUCUGUGGGUCCCUGUGGCUCUCUAUGGGGUGUCUGGGUCCCUGGGGGUCCCUGGGGGUCUCUAUGGGGUGUCUAUGGGUCUCUAUGGGGUGUCUAUGGGUCCCUGGGGGUCUCUAUGGGGUGUCUAUGGGUCUCUAUGGGGUCUCUAUGGGGUGUCUAUGGG